ACAACUAUCGGCUACAGUGAUCCAGCUAUGUGACAUUUUGAUACAAAUGCCUCCAAUUUAGCAUUAUUUUAUGUUUUUGCUCAUAUAAUUAGUACACUGACAAAAAACUAUUAGUAAGUAUUAAACCGGACCGAUAUAUCUUAUUUUAUUCAUUUGGAUGAAGUGGUCUCCUCCACUGUCUUUCCCGACUCCGGAGCUGUCAACCGCAGUCGAAAGGGGAGGGUCAACAUGGCGUCUGAGCAGGAGAGUUCCAACGGGCCUGUGAAGAGGUCUAUGAGGGAGAAGGCCAUCGAACGGCGGACCACCAACAAGGAGCACAACAGCAACUUUAAGGCAGGCUAUGUGCCCAUAGAGGAGGAGCGCCUGCACAAGACAGGCCUGAGAGGACGCAAGGGCAACAUGGCUGUCUGCAUCAUCAUCCUGCUCUUCCUGCUAGCACUCAUCAACCUCAUUAUCACUCUAGUGAUCUGGACGGUGAUACGAAUCGGGCCUAGUGGUUGUGACAGUAUGGAGUUUCAUGAAAGUGGGCUGCUGCGUUUCAAACAGAAGGCAGACAUGGGCGUGGUCCACCCACUGCACAAGAGUACUGUGGGGGGCAGGAAGGACCAGGACCUGGUUAUCACCGGCAACAACAACCCGGUGGUGUUCCAGCAGGGCUCCACUAAGCUCAGUGUUGAGAAAGAGAAGACGUCCAUCACCAGUGACAUGGGCAUAUCCUUCACUGACCCCCGCACUCAGAACACCUUCUUCAGCACAGACUUUGAAAACCACGAGUUCCACCUGCCCAAAGGAGUCAAAGUACUCAAUGUGAAGAAGGCCUCCACAGAAAGGAUCACCAGCAACGCUUCCUCUGACCUGUCCAUCAAAGGGGACAGCAAGGCCAUCAUCCGUGGCAACGAGGGGGUCUUCAUCAUGGGCAAGACAGUGGAGUUCAGGAUGGGAGGGGACAUCGAGCUCAGAGCUGAGAACAGUAUUAUUUUGAACGGAUCUGUGAUGGUGAGCGUCACUCGCAUGCCUAACCCCCCAGUGGGGGCCAAUGUGUAUUUCGACGAGGGUCUGUUGAGGUACAAGCUGUGUAUGUGUGCAGACGGCACUCUGUUCCGUGUCCAGGUGAAGUAUCAGAACAUGGGCUGCCAGACCUCAGACAACCCAUGUGGAAAGGCCCACUAAAGAGACUGGAACACAAACUGAUGUUACACCAUCCAUCCUCUCCAACAAUCAACAGAUGGUCUGGCCAACCAGUGUUGAAAUACCAUAGAAUGGUGUACAGUGCAUACUCUAUAUGCAUUCAAAAUGUAGCACACCCAGGAACACACUCUUUUUUUAUGGUGGUCUUUUUGUUUAUCUGCAUAUUCACCUGGCCAAAUAUAUCUAAAUAAGUGCUAAAGUAUUAUCAUUGUUUUUUUCUGACUAUAUGAAGUAACAACAGAAGCAGCACUUUACCAAGCCAUCCAGUAUUACCAGUAUUCUGGAUAUUACCAGUAUUACCAGUAUUCUGGAUAUUACCAGUAUUACCAGUAUUCUGGAUAUUUCUAUUAAUCAUGACAUUUGACAUUUAUAUUUCCGCUGGCAGCUGUUUGUGACUCAAAUACAAGUCACCCUGCAUUAGGCAUCAGCCACUGAUCACAUAGUGUGGGACACUAUAUUUAUUUAUUGAUUAUGGUUAAUUAAGGAGUUAUGAGUUGGAGUUAGCGGGAUAUGUGCGAAAUAGAAAAGUUAAUUUUAGCCAUUCAGUAUUGCUGAUUGCAGGAGAUAAUCUGUGCUUGUUUAAAGGUCUAGUGUAGAUUUUCAUGAGUUGACUCUCUGUUAGGAGAAUUCUAACAGAAUCUCUCAGCACUCUACAUUGCUAUCUACAUCUGCCUUCUCAUCCUAUACGUGCCAAACCCUGUCUCUGUGUCUUCACAAAGGAAGAGAUUAGAGUGUCUUUAGUUAUGAUGCCAAAUUGAAUUAAUUUCCAUGUGUCUAUAAUAUAUUGCCUAAUGUUCAGAAAAGGGGAUAUACACUAUAUAUACAAAAGUAUGUGGACACCCCUUUAAAUUAGUGGAUUUGGCUAUUUCAGCUACACCUGUUGCUGACAGGUGUAUAAAAUCGAGCACACAGCCAUGCAAUUUCCAUAGACAAACAUUGGCAGUAGAAUGGCCUUACUGAAGAGCUCAGUGACUUCAACAUGGCACCGUCAUAGGAUGCCACCUUUCCAACAAGUCAGUUAGUUCAAUUCCUGCUUUGCUAGAGCUUCCCCGGUCAACUGUAAGUGCUUUUAUUGUGAAAUGGAAACUUCUAGGAGCAACAACGGCUCAGCUGCGAAGUGGUAGGCCACACAAGCUCAGAACGGGACCGCAGAGUGCUGAAGCACUUAAAAAACGUCCGUCCUCGGUUGCAACACUCACUAUCAAGUUCCAAACUGCCUCUGGAAGCAACAUCAGCACAAUAACUGUUAUUUGGGAGCUUCAUGAAAUGGGUUUCCAGCCGCACACAAGACUAAGAUCACCAUGCACAAUGCCAAGCGUCGGCUGGAGUGGUGUAAACUUGCCGCCAUUGGACUUUGGAACAGUGGAAACGUGUUCUCUGGAGUGAUUGAAUCAUACUUCACCAUCUGGCAGUCCGACUGAUGAAUCUGGGUUUGGCGGACGCUAGGAGAACGCUACCUGCCCGACUGUAUAGUGCCAACUGUACAGUUUGGUGGAGGAGGAAUAAUGGUCUGGUGCUGUUUUUCAUGGUUCGGGCUAGGCCCCUUAGUUCCAGUGAAGGGAAAUCUUAACGCUACAGCAUACAAUGACAUACUAGACAAUUGUUACUUCCAACUAAGUGGCAACAGUUUGGGCAAGGCCAUUUCCUGUUUCAGCAUGACAAUGCCCCCAUGCACAAAGCGAGGUCCAUACAGAAAUUGUUUGUCAAGAUCGGUGUGGAAGAACUUGACUGGCCUGCACAAAAUCCUGACCUCAACCCCAUCGAACAUCUUUGGGAUUAAUUGGAAUGCCGACUGUAAGCCAGACCUAAUCGCCAGUGCCUGACCUCUCUAAUGCUCUUGUGGCUGAAUGGAAGCAAGUCCCCGUAGCAAUGUUCCACCAUCUAGUGGAAAGCCUCCCUCAAGAGUGGAGGCUGUUAUGGCAGCAAAGGGGGAUCAACUCCAUAUUAAUGCCCAUGAUUUUGGAAUGAGAUGUUCGACGAGCAGGUUUCCACAUACUUUUGGUAAUGUAGUGUACUUGCACUAAGAUACACUACAGAUUAAUGCAGUCAGCUGUUUUUUUUAUUUUUCUGUGGUAUUCAUGAAACUUUUGUUUGUUUCAAUUAUAUUUUGGUAACAUGGGUUUGAAACAUACUAUUGAGUGAUUUUGUGCAAUAUAACACGAAGUGGCAAUACUAUAAGGGUGAUGUUUAUCUAUUUUGAGCUCAUUGGCAUUUGUCUAACAUGCUUAAAUUGUGUAUUAAAUUAUUUCUACGGUAACAAUGUGCUUGGAGAAAUGUGAUCAUCUCAAGCAGCAAUAUGGACUCCAUGCUUUAAUAGAUGUAGGAAUUCAUUGUUUUCCAAUGGAACCUUGAGAAUGAGCUUCUGGAAAAUAUCAAUGAUUUAACUUAUGUUUGUUUAAAUAAAGGGAUAUUCUGUGUUUGGAAA